AUGAAAGCAAAUCGAUUUAUUAUCCAUAAUCCUGCUAUUGAAUCUUACUAACUGGAAGAGUAUUAUAAUCACUUCAAAAGGAUGGAAGAGAUCAACAAAGAAAAGACCAACAUUUACAAAGUUAUUGAGUCCAAUAAAUCUGCAUCGAAUAACAGAUUUUUGAUGCUUUAAAAAACAUCUAAAUUUAAUAAAUAACAAUAAUAAAAUGCUUAACAUCGUCUUAAGAAAUUACUAGAUGAUAAGAUCGAAAGGAUAAAGGUGAGAGAAAAUCCAUAUGUCAAUUAAACUAGAUUAAGAGGUAUUACUUCACUUGAUCUAAAAAGUCCAAAUUUCAGUUUCAACAGUUGUUUAGAGAGUCACAACUUAAUGAAAAAACUUUAAUCUCUUAAACCCACUAUAUCAAACAAAAUUCUGGACAUAGAUUACUAAAAAUAAAAGGAAUAUGGAAGUAGACUAAGAAAACUACCUAAAUUACCAGAUUCAGACAAAAAAUAUCACUAUUUGUUUUGA